GGGUUUUUCUUUUUUUCUUCUAGUUUUGUGUGUUUGUGCGUGCGUGCGUGCGUGCGUGCGUGCGUGUGUGUGUGUGUGUUUAAAAGUCUCAAUAACAAACCAUAUUUAAAGAUAAACUGAGGGUCAGACUCUUACGCAUGGGCCUACAUCUCUAAAAAAAAACAUGCAAACAUACUUUCGGACCAACGAUUUUCGAUUUUCCUGUUCAAGAGAAGGGACUCACCAUGUCUUGGGCAAGUGAACUUCCCCAAGAAUUACUCUGUCGACCAAUGGGAUUGGUUACACUGACUGGUCUUGAUAUUAAAUACAAUGCCAUUCACAAGCUCAUUUGGGAUUCAUUCUGCAAUAACCGCCGGCCUGACAGAGUGCCGCUUAAGUUCCAGGUGCAGCUCGGAGACCACGAUUACCCCAAGAGUAAAGCAAAGAGAACGUCUUACGAGUGGUAUAUACCUAAAGGUAUUUUGAAGAAGUCAUGGAUGAGUAAACACAUAUCCUUGGUGCCAGCUGUUGUCGUGGUUUUCUUUGACUUGGACUGGGAUGAGACCAUGUGGAAAGAAAAACAAAUAACUUGUGCUAGUGUUGUCGAAGUUGUCAGAAACACACUGCAAGGGCGAGGGACGAAGGUUGCCGUUGUUCUCAUACAGAAAAAUGCACCCCUUCCACCAGGAGAAGAUGUGAUAGCUGCAGAGAGAGCUGCUUCACUGUGUAGUGCGUGUGACAUAUCGGCCAAGUCCUUGUACGUUCUCCCACACACAGACCACCUCAUUGGAUACACCAUCAGACUGGAAAAUGCUUUUUAUGAGCUGGCACAGAGUUAUUAUCACACAGAGGCAAGAAAAGUGAAAUCUCACAAAGAUUUUCUCAACAAAACCACACAUCAGCUUCUGUAUGUGAGACAUCAGAUCAAGAUUGCCUUCUAUAAUGAGCUCAAACAGGACACACACACUGCCUUAAAACAUUACAAACAGGCCUAUGGACACAUUCUGGAUCUAAGGAUGUAUGACACCAACAUGCUUGAAAUCAAGGUUAUUGGUGGUUUUGUCAACUAUAAGUUGUGUCGUUUAUCAUUUCAACACAAUGCACCACUUGAUGCCAUUGCUCAGUUCCGAAAACACAUUGAUUUCUUCAAGAGUAAACCCAGCAUAAUUGACCUGGCUUUUGAACACAGUGCAUGGAUGUCCAAACAAUUUCAUGUGUUUGGUGACUUGUUUGACGAGGCGAUCAAGCUUGGACUGACAGCCAUACAGACACAACACCCUGGGUUCUACUACCAACAGGCUGCCAACCACUCGAUAUCGAGAAAACAGCUCUGUCAAGGGCUCUGCAAGCCGUCUGUUGAUGAACCGCAACACGACAUGGUGGAGAGACUGGCCAAGUUAGAAUACUAUGGACAGAGACCAUGGAGACAGGGCCACCAGAGUAUUGACCCCCCAGAUGCUCAGAAGGAAAAGGAAGGAAUCGCUGCUCUGCAAUAUCUAGAAACUCAAGUGGAUCACUCUUGGAUCAUCAUCCCUCUGCUGAGCAGCGCUGUGGCUCAGUUCAAGAAGUACAAGUCUCCCAGAAUGAAGAGAAGUUUGAUGGUUCAUAUGGGAGAGGAAUAUUUUCAUGCCAAAGACUAUGGAAAAGCAUUGAUGUUGCUGAACAAAGUGAUGUGGGAUUAUCGUAUUGAGCGCUGGUGGCCACUUCUCACAUCAAUUCUCAAUCUCUCUCUAAAAUGUGCAUACCUCACAGGAAAGGUACAGGAUUAUGUCACAAACUCCCUUGAACUCAUUGGACAGUAUUGUCAGAGUAGCACGGACGAGAAAACACGGAGACAGACGAACAUGAUCAAGGUUCUGUCAAAUGACAUUCCGGAGCCCGAACCUGGCCUUCUGCCUGCCAGUGUGGACACAGCUCCCAACGAGUGGCUGAAAUCACAAAAAGAACCCAUCAUCUUCACUGUAGAGAUGCAGAGUUUGGUGCCCUUUGUUGAAUGCAAGGCGAGGUUUGUGGAUGACACUGUAUCAGCAGACAGUAAAAUCACGUUGGAGGUCUGCCUCAGAGUUGCUUGUCCUUUACCCAUACAGUUUUCCAAGUUAUCGGUUUUGUUUAACAAUCAGAGUUACAACCACCACUGUGAGAUGAUCGAUACGAGGGGUAUGAACGCUGCCUCUGAGGGCCCCGCAGAUAGUGGCGACCUCUACCUGGUACCUGGCAAACUGAAGGUCUACACGUUGACGUUCCUGCCACUGAAAGAAGACGUGGGAGCCCAGAUUGAGAUCUCGUCUGUUGCUCUGGAGCUGGGUUCCCAGUCUAAGUGUUGUGCCGUGUUGCGGUGGCUCGGUGGGGGAGGGGAUGCGCUGUCGUCACCACCAGGCCAGCAGCUAGUGCUUGGCAAGAAACCCAUCCUGGCAGACGACAAAGUAGAAUGGGAAGAGUUCAAUGUUAGUUCUGUCAUCAGGGUUGUUCCUCGACAGGCCAAACUAGACUUGACAGUUGACCACAAGGCUCCCAGUUUGCUAAAUGAGUUUUACGAAGUGACCAUUACCAUUGUAAACAAAGAAGAAAAAACUACUUCAGGUGUCAGUCUGUCAAUUAAACAGCCGGAUUCUGAAGAAGCAUCAGCCCAGGACCAAACAACACAUCUGAGUCUUGAUACACCAACGUAUGGAAACAAUGUUGUGUCUAACUUGACUGGAAUUGCACUUGGGCAGCUUGAACCAGGACAAAAGGUCGUCAAGCAUGUUUACCUGAAAUGUUUACAGUCAGGAAUCAGAACACUAUUCGUAAAGGUUUAUUACAACGUUGAUGUAUCGGUGAAAAACCAACCAAUCACAUGCGUCUGUGAGAAGGAGGAAGUUCUGACGAUUACCACCAUCACUCCGUUUGAAGUUUCUAUCAAGCUGCAAUCCAUGAAGUUUGAGCCGAUUGAUGCCGCUCAUGCUGAGGAACCGUUUCUACUGAUGCCCGAGAUUGGAUGUACAUCACCAUGGCCUGUUGAGAUCAAAACAAGUAACAUCCAGCUGACAGAUGUUGUGAGAACAUCCUGUGACAGAUUUGUAUCACAGAUUGAAGGCAUAUAUCUGAAGAAGUCUGAAUGUGCUGCCGAAUGUCUUAGUUUGAUAGCAAUGGCAUGUGUUCAGCCCUCACUUUCUCUCGGCACCUACACCGUCUUCUGGAGAAGAAAAUGUGAAGAUGGUGUUUCUGAUCUUCCAUUUGUGAUGACCUCCUUCCCACUACCCACAAUUAAUAUUGAACACAUUCCGAUCUAUGUGACCCUGGAGCUGCCAGCGUUUGGGAGCGUGAAGACACUGCUUCCUCUGUGUUAUUCCAUCAAGAACUGCACCCCGUAUCUACAGGAGGUGGAGGUCACCAUGGAUGCUAGUGAUAGCUUCAUGUUUGCUGGCAAUAAGCAGGUACAUUUCCGACUGCUGCCAGGCAGUGACUAUCAGCUGUGGUACAAUCUGUUUCCACUCAUCGCGGGCCAAGUUGGUCUUCCAAAACUCCACGUUAACAUGCUGCGAUACCCUGGCACCAUGGACGAAGUGGUUCAGAAAAUGCUUCCAAACAGUAUUUUUAUCAAGCCUAUUGGAAAGUCACUAGUGAUGCCAGCAUGACUAUUCUAUGGGAAAUACGAAUCUACUUGCUGAACCAUUCCACUGCUUCAGAGAGCUCCGAAACAUUUUCCAAAUCACCAGGGUCGCUGUCUUUAAUAUUCGGUUCCUGUCACUCCAGUUUGAACAAGAACUUUAAGAAAUAAACAUUUUGUAUUUUAAUACAUUCAAUACUUAGUUUAGUUAUUGGUAAGAACUGUGAUAUUUAGAAUAAUUGUGCUUAUGUUGUAGAGAUCAAGUUUUGUAAUUAUGACACAUUUAAAAUAAGAUGGUUAAAAAUCCAUUAUACAUAGUGUAUAGUGUCAAUUUAUUUAUUUAUUAGCUGGUUCUGUAAAGUUUAGAUUCCCAAAAGACUUCAUGAAUGUUGUGUCGUCAUAAGACAAGCUAAGACAUGCGAGCUGUAUGAUGUUCAGAGUACUCACUCCACCAUCACACAUUGCUGUUUUGUCAAGAAAUGUUAAGACACAUUGCUGCAUUUUACACAUGUCAAACAACCUCAGAAACCCUGCCAUCAGUAUUUAGUGGAAAAAGUUCAUAUUAACUCAUCGUUAUGGAUUUUAAGACUUUAUAUUAGUUUUCAUGGAGGCAUUAACAGUUUCCAGACAUUUGUAUCAACUAAGCAGUAUACAUGUUUAUUAUCCACAUAGUUCAAGAUAUUCAGGGAAAUAUAAUCAGUAUGACCAACGUGUGUCAUAAUGAUUUCACUUGCACCACGAAUGACGUAAUUUUGUGAAGCGACGUCAUAACUUAAUGUGGUUUCCUCAGUGUAAACGCUUAUCAAAAAUGAUGUCAAUAGUUACGUUUCAAGCGUUUUGACAUGGUCCUAGCUUAUUAUUCAUGAAAAUAAUAUUUUGGAUAAUGUGGAUAAUAAAGAAAUUAUUACACUCACGUGUGCUCGGGUAAUAUAGUAAUCCUGACACUCAUUUCGUAAAAUCAGUACGACACACAAGCUCAUAUAAUAAUCUCUAUUUAUGUACAAUAAAAAGCAGUUGAGAUUUGCCAUGUGUUGAUGAUAUAUUUUCAGCUUUAUUCUGUAGGUGUGAUAUUAAGAGUAUGGUUGAUUCUUCAGUUAGCUUCUUAUGUUAGUUAUACAGAUUUUGAAAACCUCUCCCAAAAUAAUUCAUUAUGUUGGUAAAAUUCAAAUAAUUGUGACGUGUUUAAUGUUUUAUAUGUCCGGUUUCUCAAUGGGGUUAUUUCAACAACAAUGGGAAGUGCAAUAAAGUGUUGAAUGAUA